GUAGUCAAAAUACAAACAACUUGUAAAUACUCAGCGAUACCACACAACAAAACGUCUAAUAAGAUAUAUGUAUUCACGCACGGCGCGAGUGAUUUGUCAAUUCAGCCAAUCACAUGUAUUCUCGUUGUUUUACUGAGUUGAGUUGAGUUUUUGAACUUUCUUUAUCGCAAAUUUGUCACUUGAUCGUUCUGGAUUGUAAGACGUUUCGAAGUCUCCAUAUUAGUCCAAAUUUAAGCAGUUCGUUUUAAAAGUUAAUGCAUUCAUCAUUAAAAGCAGCGUUGGACUCUUCGUCUACUUUUCGAAAAUUGAUUAUCUACUGGGUAUAAAGGUCCUGGGGUAUCUCGGUCAGUUAAUCUUUCCCAAGCUCACUAACUGGAUCAAACAAGAAAAAUUCCACCAAAUCAAAAUAAACUUCGAUAAGCUGCAUGUUACAGAGGCAAACUAAGUUGGGAAGCAUCCUAUCAAAACGUACUUUUCAGGAGAAAUCUUCGCUUCAUCCAUUCUUGCGCGAGCUGAUAAUGACAGCACUCGCAAAUUCGAUUAGACUUCCACUUUGACGUCAUAAUAAAGACUUUUUAAGUGACACAUCUCAUAAAGACCUGAAAAUGGGAUGAACGAGUUGAAAUGCUCAAACAGAUUCGUCACAUUUCGGAAGGAAACUUCUAUGGCCUGCAUGUCACCAACAAGGCCCGAAAGCUCAGCUUGGAUAAAGAGAUACGAACCCUCGAGGCCUGUAAAGAUGUUCAAUCACAUGUUUACCGAAAAGAAGAGAGGGAGUUAUUAAGUACACUGAAAAGAUUGCAGCAUACAAAUCAAGAUCAUUUCGAAGAUAGUGAACAUCAUGAAAACCAAGAGCGCUUUGCUUUUCAUCCCGAGAGGCGCCCAAGUUUUGAAGCAAAUGAACAUACAAGUGACGAACAACGGCAUUUACGAAGACAGACUAAAUGUCACGACAGAAAACUUCAGGUAACAAUCAAAUCGGAAAUCAGUGACAAGAAAACUUCAGUGAAAGUGUGUGCAGGCCCUUCUGAUGCCAGUGUUAUCAUAUCGCUUUCACCGAUAGCAAGUUCAACCAACGCUACAAAACAACUCGUUACAACAGCUUUACCUUCUGUAACAAAGCCGACCAAAAGAGAAGCUGGCUCAGACAUUCGUAGGACACAGGCAUUUAUGUCAUGCGUUGUUUGCAACUUACCUCGAGACGCCCAGGGGAGAGAAUAUAAGCACAUCUGUACAUGCCAUGACGAUCCUUCUAAACAUCCUCACCACCAUCACAAACGCAAACAAGAUUCACACAAACACAGCAAGAAACACGAAGAUCUGCACUGUUUUAAAGGAGAACGAAGGAGAAGCUUGGAAGUUGAGGAAAAUCCUCCUCACUACGCGUGGAAACAAGGGUUCAAAAACACCAAUAUCCUUCAAAGUAACCACGGAAGAAGUAGAGCUUCCAGCAUCGAGGACGAUAACAAAAGGUAUUCAGAAAAAGGUGUUGACGCUUACACAGCAUAUGUACCAGGUGUAGGUGCCCAUAGAUGGAACUUUGGCGCUGACCAGGGUAUAGUUGUAAUAAAUGAUCACGAAAAUGACAAGGGAAAACAAAGUGCAUUGAGGGCAUCUAGAGGUAAAAAGAAGAGCCUUGAAGAGGGAGGAAGCCGUAAGAACAGUUAUUCAGACCGUCGAAGUAGAGGAAGCAGUUUUGGAGAAGAGAUAACGCUACACAAGGGAGGAAGGGAGGGAGGAAGCCGUAGGAACAGUCACUCACAUCGUCGAAGCAGAGGAAGCAGUUUUGGAGAAGACAAAACACUUCACAACAGAACAAAACAGAAAGAAGAACUACGCGAUCUCUACCACAGAUUGCAAAGAAUGUUUCCUGUCCACGACAGACAUGAGUACCACGAUGAAGACAGUAAUUGGCCCCGUAGGUACACAAAUAAACCUGAAAAUCUUCCUCAUACUACCCAUUUAUCCCAGUUCACACCACACACAGCCAGUACUUCAAAUGAGAGAGCUGAACACCAAAAUCCCGCCUUCAAUGGACUGCUACAUCCAGACAAUGUCGUUAACCAUCAUCACUUUCUGCCUCACGAGGCUUACAAGCAAGACAAGCCUGGAAGGUCUAGUCACCAUGCCCCCCAUCAUCUGACAGGGUAUCACGUCCAUGGGAUUGAUCGCAAUGGCAAUCGACAGGAUCACUAUGUAACCCAGGGUCCAACUUCUCAUAUCGCCGCCGCCUUUGAUCGCAGCCAUGAUCAGGAUAGUGGUAUUCACUCAAUGCUGAUGAAAUUAAAGCAGCUUCUCAAUGUGUAUCAUGAAAUGGACCGUGAAGCUCCAAGAUAUCCCUGGCCCAGUCCUCCUGAAAUCAAAUUCACCAGGGAAGAAUUUAGAAAGCUGCGAAACUGCAGGGCCUCCUUCAGUUCCUUCUUAAAGUAACAAGUUGGCUCAAACUUACGAACUCAUCAAGAGAGAAACUGACAACAUUUUGGAAGUUUAUGAUAACUUGAAGUCAGAGCCGUAAUCAGAAUCUUCAGCAUCCAAAUCUGCUAGCUACAAGGCUUUGGAGGUUUCCUCUACUUCUUCCUCAAUAAAAAAUUAGUCACAGUCCGAGUUACCAGGAGUUUCGAAACAUCGAAGAUUCCAGACUGCACAAUUCCAAUGCUAACAUUCUCAGCGCCUAUACAAGCCGAAGCAGAUUUUCACGUUUAGAAUUUUUGAUAUGUUAACGCUUUCGAAUGCGUUUCUUGACUUUAUCUUGAAUGAAAAUUAAAUUGGAAGAAAGAUUCUUACAACUGCUCGGAAUAUUUAAGCUUUGAAAACCAAGAAAAUGCUAGCUUUGUAUUGAGACGCACGUGUUAGCUGAUGAGCAUCUUUUACGGCGACAUUCUACUCUUGUUGUUUAUUUCACAUUUUGAGUUGUACUUCAGACAAAGUAUUAAAUGAGCAGUUUAAGGAAUGGAAAGCAUAGGAAGCAUUGUUACUGUACGUAAUUUCUCAAAAUAGAGAACCAUUUCUGGGUCAUUGCUCUUCAUUUUUCAUAUGCAAACGAGUGCUUGCGUGUUUCCCUCAAAGGAAAGUGUAGACAUUACAAGAUUGAUGAAAUGCUGAAAACUGACCUUUUGACUCCUUGUAUGUAAAUGACAAAAAAGAAUCUGGGACGCCUCGAGUUUUUCUUUUGCUUGCCAUGAUAACUCCACAGAAUGCAUUUGCUUUAAACGUGUGGCACGUUAGCCAAUUAGGCACUUAAAAAUCUCGAUUAACGCGCAGCGCCUUUCUUGUUAAAGUACAAUUUAUUUUCGCGAUCUGGCGGCUAGUAAUUGAUAAAUAAGUGCAGAAAAAAGGUUUUAAACUUACAAGGAAGGGUAAAUAUUUGGUUGAGGUUGAUAAUUUAUUUCUUUACGACUUUCUUGUUGAUUUCGUACUUGAAGUAGCCGGGUACUCUGUUUUAAGUACCCGGGUGCCGGUACCCGGGGCCCGGCUUCUAAUAUAAAACUGCAUUAAAGCAUAUGAAAGAGCAUAACUCGUCACA